UCCCUUCUCCUGGUCUGCAAAGCAUGGCAACGCAUAUGCACGCCCAUCCUUUACCGAACUGUCAUACUCCGCCAAACGGGACAGGCCGACGCGCUCGCAGCGACCCUCGCUCGUCGAUCCGACCUUGGCCCAAAUAUCAAGCGUCUCCGGCUGCAUGGCGCCUAUGGCCAUAGCACUCAUGCAAUUUUGAGGAAAGCCACGCAACUCUCCCUUCUAUUCCUC